CUAAAAAUAGAUGCCAAAUAUCAUAUGAGAGAAGUGAAAUCUCCGAGAGAAAUUUUAAUAAAUUGUUAAAAAAUUAUAGUGUUCCUUCAUUCAAUGUGUAAUGGAAAGAGUUCUAGUUUGUGGUUAUUGCGAUCAUAUUGCGAUUAGUUUAUUGCUUUCUCACAUUGAAUUCGUUUAAUAUAUGUAAUGAGUGAGCUCCACCUUGUUUGUUUCUAACGCAAUUACAUUAUUCAUUCGUCUUGUUGGAUCGGAAUAUCUGAGAUGGUUUUUUAAUUAACGAAACGGAGAACUUCUGUACAUACAUACAUAUAUCCAUAAGUGAACAAAUAGCUCUUAUUUUUUUGAAACCCUAAAAGGUAUUCACAGAAAACACUGUUUUAAAGAAGUUGGUGUAUUUAGAAAUAUAGAAAUCAUUUGACAAAAACGUUAAAAGUGAACACACUCUUGGUAUAUUACUUGUGUAUAAACCAUAUAUAUUGUACCAUUUUAAUAAGCAGUAUUGUCGACUGAACAUCUGCUACACCAAAAGAUAAGCAGUUCGCUUGAAUCGCAAAUAUUUAAACACGGAGGCGAAAUAUGUGCAUGUAUUAGCACAGAUUUUUAAUUCUGCUGCAAAAGAGCGAGCACAAUUUGCUGAAUCGUAUCAAAUCCAUUUAAAUACAAGGGUGCAAAAUUUAUAAGCAGAAUGAUUCACGUUGGCGAGAAUUCUUGGAAUCUUCGGAUUUUUAUCACAGACUUGCGAAUUGAAAAAACUUUACGAGUACGGGGCGAUCAGCAUAUUGGUGGUAUUAUGCUGCAAUUAGUUGAGCCCGAAAAUCCAAAGGAUUGGUCAGACCAUGCCCUCUGGUGGCCUGCAAAAAAUGUAUGGUUGACAAGAACUCGAUCAACAUUAGAUCAAGUAGGUGUACAAGCGGAUUGCGUACUCCAUUUUACCCCAAUGCACAAAACUCUCCGAGUGCAAUUACCGGAUCUACGAUACUUGGAUUGUAGAGUGGAUUUUUCUACUAAGACAUUUGCGUCAAUAGUAAAUUUGUGUAAAGGGCUUGAUAUUCGAUAUCCUGAAGAAUUAUCCUUCUGUAAGCCUAUUGAACCCGAUCAUCUUAAAAAAAAUUUUUCGAAAUUACCUCAAAAGGCAAUACCUGUAGCAGACUCUGAUGGAACAACGUUUAUCCAACCAGCUGCAGACACAAAUUCUUUUAUUCCCAUCAAUUCAACAUACAAUGGAAGCAAUGGAAGUUUGGAUAAACAACAAAAUGAAAAUUUUUUGUGUGCUCCCGUAUCCCCGUAUGCUUCAACACCUCGACGAGGCCCAAGUGGAACUGCUCCAAGUACUCCAAUCAGCUCUCCAACAGGAACUUGGAAGCAAAGUAACAAUGGUUACACAACUAUUGAUUCAUCUUCUAGUCUUGGUGACAUUCAAGAGAAUUUGGCAUGCUCACCCAGAUCUCCAAGCCCAGAUGUACGCGCAAGGCUUUUACGCCCACGGACUUUAAUAGAAAAAGCACGAAUGAAUGUUGGAUGGUUAGAUUCUUCUCUCUCAAUAAUGGAACAGGGUAUUCGCGAAUAUGAGACCUUAUGUUUACGUUUUAAGUAUUAUACAUUUUUCGACAUCAACCCGAAAUACGAUCAAGUGCGAAUAAAUCAAUUAUAUGAACAAGCCAAAUGGUCGAUUUUAAAUGAAGAAAUUGAAUGUACUGAAGAGGAGUCACUAAUGUUUGCAGCUCUUCAGUUUCAAAUAAAUUUCCAAGCGGAUUCACAUUCGUCUAAAUUAGAUGUCGUAGAUUCAGGCAAUGGAGAGAAUGGAACAUACGAUGACAUUGAUUCCGCACUUAAUGAACUGCAAAUUACAUUAGAAGGCCCGAAUGCUACUACAGAAGUUAACAACAUUACAAAAAUUCCAGAAUUAUCAGACUACUUGAAAUUCCUGAAACCUCGUAAAUUUACACUAAAAGGUUAUAAAAGAUAUUUUUUUGCAUAUCGAGAUCUUCAUCUUCAUUUGUAUAAAACGGCUGAUGACUCUCGCCGCAGUGCUCCGGAGUUGACUAUAAACUUGCGUGGAUGUGAAGUAACUCCCGAUGUAAAUUUGGCUCAAGGAAAAUUUUCCAUUAAAUUAGAAGUGUCGCCAGAAGGUCAUACCGGUCCAAAUAGCGAAGUGUGGAUACGCUGUGACACAGAAGAACAGUAUGCAAGAUGGAUGGCCGCUUGUCGGUUAGCAUCAAAAGGUCGUUCUCUUGCUGAUAGUUCAUAUGAAAGUGAAGUGGCAAGCAUUCGAUCAUUUCUAAGUAUGCAGAAACCAGUACAGGGAAUUGCUGUUAAUGUUGACCCACGAAGCAUUGAUGCAAAUGACUAUUUAUCUCCGAGAAUGUUGCGCAAAGCAUCUGGAAAAGCAGGUCAACGGAUUUUAGAAGCUCAUGCAAAUGUACGAAAGCUGUCGUUAAUAGAAGCAAAGCUUAAAUACAUAGAGGCCUGGCAAUCCUUGCCUGAUUUCGGAGUUACAUUGUUUGUUAUUAAAUUUGAUGGACACAAAAAGGAAGAACUUCUUGGGGUUGCACAUAAUAGAAUCAUGCGGAUGGACCUCAACACUGGUGAUCAUAUUAAAACAUGGCGCUACAACACAAUGAAAGCCUGGAAUGUGAACUGGGGUAUUAAAUGUAUGAUGAUCCAAUUUCAUGAUGAAACCGUUGUAUUCUCAUGUCAGUCAGCCGAUUGCAAAGUUGUCCACGAAUUUAUUGGUGGAUAUAUAUUUAUGUCAAUGCGGUCGAAAGAAAAUAACCAAACUUUAAAUGAAGAACUUUUCCAUAAACUAACCGGGGGAUGGGCAUAAAAUAAAUAUGCAGUCUUCGUCCAGUAUUUCGUAUGCUUGAUACUCAUACAUAACAAAAAUUUCAUAGUCCAUUAAAAAGGGACUCUAAAUACUUAUUCAUUAUAUUACGGUUGUUUUUUAAUGCCAUGCAAAACAUAUUUUAAUGGAAUAAUUUAUAAAAUAUAAUUUAAUUUUUAACAAGUAAGUGGUCAAUAAAUUACAAAUUUUUAAAAAGAAAUUAUUAUAUUCAUACAUACGUAUGUAUGGUCAAUAAUUUUAAUAUCUACAUACGUACGUAUGUAUGUACAAUACAUAUGUAUAACCAUGAUAUCAUUUCAUUCGUUAUACUGGAUUGAACUGCAUUUAAUCAAGAAAAGCCUGUCUGAAACGUUCAAAAUUAUUAGAAAGUAAGACAUUAAGCCAAACUAAAUACACUAGAUAUUUUUAAUGUUCUUUCUGAUGUACCUUAAAUUUAUUUCUGAUAUAAAGGUAUUAUCCAUUUUUAUAACGAUACUAUUAACGUUUUUACCAGUUCUAACAAAUUAUACUAUUCUGCAAAAUGUGUAAAGAAAAGUAUGUAUUUAUAUAUUUUUCUAAUUAUCUACAAAAAAGUAUAUAAACUGUUAAAUGUACUAAAUAUUUUUAAGUUUUAUUCUAAUUAACAAUUCUAUUAUUAACACUACGGUGCCUUAUUCUCCAGUAGCCUAACGUCAGAUAUUACAACUUAUUUCUUAAUAGAAGGCUACUGCUAACCAAUCUCCCAUACAAAUAAUAUUAAAAUUUACUAUAUAUAAAAGUUUCUUUUAUAUAUGCAAUUACGUUGUGUCCAAAUAACGGAACUGAAAUAUUUCUUUGCCGAAUUAUGCAGUCGUUUUGAAGUGUUUAGCUAGAAAAUAGUAAAUGUAAGUAAUUGGUUAUAAACAUGACCGUCUGGCCGAACUUUUAUAUAUUAACUCCAAAUUCAGACUAAAAUAUACAAUAAAUGUUAUUAAAGAAAAUUGACGUCCAAUAACAAACAAAAAUCCAACCUAUAGGAAUUCAGUUCAUAAAUCUAAUUAACAGUACAGCUAUCUAUUUGGGAACAAAAUAAUAUAGCGUGGUAUAUAGUUAAAAUACAAAACAAUAGCUUAAUAAUAAACAUUAAUAUGCUUUGGACUUUAACGUAAAAAUAGCGACAAUAAAAAUACUUUUACAGUUUUUACUGCUGGAUGUUUAGAGAAAAAUGUUUGAAUCUGAAUAAAUAUUAAACAUUACAAACAAAUACCAAGUAAAAAUAAGUUAUGUACUAUUUAUGUUUAUUUAAUACCAAUUUGUGCAUUAACAAAUAAAUAAUUAUAAAAUCAUAUAA